AUAAAUUUGCCUUUUAGCAACAGUAUUGACUGACUUCAUACUGUUGCGUUGCCAUGACGAGCGAGGAAGAGGAGGAGGGCCCCGCCGCUGCGGCAUCAUCGGCGCGGUCGGCGGCGACCAUGUCCCGGGCGGCGGCAACCAUUGCCGGUGGCGACAGCGGCGGCGGUGUCAUCACUCGACCCUCCUCCCCCCGCAGGCGCUCCACCUACCACCUGCCUGGCCCCGAGGAGCAGGCGGAGGAGGAAGAGGCCGAUGACGAGGAAGACGAUGGCAGCGCCGCCAGCUUCCUGGUGGUGCCGCACCCCGAGCUGGUCCCCGUGGUCUUCUUCUGCCUCAAGCAGACCACAUGUCCUCGCAGUUUGUGCAUCCGCAUGGUCUCCAGUCCUUGGUUCGAGCGUGUGAGCAUGAUGGUGAUCUUGCUGAACUGUGUCACGUUGGGAAUGUACCAACCCUGCGAGAACAUCGACUGCUCCUCCGAUCGAUGUCAAAUACUGCAGGCCUUUGACGCCUUCAUCUACAUUUUCUUCGCCAUGGAGAUGGUCAUCAAGAUGGUGGCGCUGGGGAUCUUCGGCCGCCGCAGUUACCUGGGCGACACGUGGAACCGGCUGGACUUCUUCAUCGUCAUGGCAGGGAUGGUGGAGUACUCUCUGGACCUGCAGAACCUGAACUUCACAGCCAUCAGGACAGUCCGGGUACUGCGGCCGCUCAAAGCCAUCAACAGAGUGCCCAGCAUGCGCAUCCUGGUCAACCUGCUCCUGGACACGCUGCCCAUGCUGGGCAACGUCCUGCUGCUCUGCUUCUUCGUCUUCUUCAUCUUCGGCAUCAUCGGCGUGCAGCUGUGGGCGGGGCUUCUGAGGAACCGCUGCUACCCCGAGGAGAACUUCACACUCACGUACGGCGUCAGCCUGCCGCGUCCUUACUACAUGGCGAGCGAGGACGACGAGCGGCCCUUCAUCUGCUCGCUGCCCGUGGACAACGGCAUCAUGUCGUGUUCGGACGUGCCGGCGCGGCGCGAGGGAGGCCGCACGUGCUGCCUGGACAAGGACGACGUGCUCUACCGCCAGUCGCUGGGUCUCAGCGUGGAGCCGCCCGCCAACGGCAGCGUGGGCGCGUCGGGCCUCUGCGUCAACUGGAACCAGUACUACACCAGGUGUCACACCGGCUCCAGCAACCCGCACAAGGGCGCCAUCAACUUUGACAACAUCGCCUACGCCUGGAUCGUCAUCUUCCAGGUGAUCACCUUGGAAGGCUGGGUGGAGAUCAUGUACUACGUGAUGGACGCACACUCCUUCUAUAACUUCAUCUACUUCAUCCUGCUCAUCAUUGUGGGCUCCUUCUUCAUGAUCAACCUGUGCCUGGUGGUCAUCGCCACCCAGUUCUCCGAGACCAAGCAGCGGGAGCACCAGCUGAUGCAGGAGCAGCGGGCGCGUUGCUCCUCCUCCUCCACGCUGGCCAGCGAGCCCGGCGACUGCUACGAGGCGCUCUUCCAGCUCAUCUGCCACGUGAUCCGCAAGGCCCGCCGCCAGACCGUCACCCUCCUCAACGCCGUGCGCGGGAAACCCCGCGGGUUCGGGGGCGUGGGCAGAGGCCGGCGAGGCGACGGCAGGGAGCGCAACGCCAACGGGAGAGGAGGGCGGGAGCGACGAGACGCCUUCCGACCAGGUCCCCCCUGCCCCCAGCGCCACAGAGCCCACCACGCCCCCUCAGGUGAGCCCACGUCGCUCACCCCCGCCUGCCCCCAAUGCGACGGGGUGGAGGCGGAGGAGGGCGCGGGGGAGGAGGCGGACACGGGUCGGGUGUCCAGGAGGCUGUGGUCCCAGGUGAGGAGGAAGCUGUGGGCCAUCGUGGAGAGCAAGUACUUCAACAGAGGCAUCAUGAUCGCCAUCCUGAUCAACACCAUCAGUAUGGGCAUCGAACAUCACCAGCAGCCCGAGGAGCUGACCAACGUCCUGGAGAUCUGCAACAUCGUCUUCACCAGCAUGUUCUCCCUGGAGAUGAUCCUCAAGCUCACCGCCUUCGGUUCCUUCAGCUACCUGAGGAACCCUUACAACGUCUUCGACGGCGUCAUCGUCAUCAUCAGCGUCUGCGAGAUCGCGGGUCAGUCCGACGGCGGCUUGUCGGUGCUGAGAACCUUCCGGCUGCUGCGUGUGCUCAAGCUGGUCAGGUUCAUGCCGGCCCUGAGGAGACAGCUGGUGGUCCUGAUGAAGACCAUGGACAACGUGGCCACCUUCUGCAUGCUGCUCAUGCUCUUCAUCUUCAUCUUCAGCAUUUUGGGGAUGCAUAUCUUUGGCUGCAAGUUCAGUCUGAAGACGGAGACGGGAGACACGGUCCCAGACCGGAAGAACUUUGACUCGCUGCUGUGGGCCAUCGUCACCGUCUUCCAGAUCCUGACCCAGGAGGACUGGAACGCCGUCCUGUACAACGGCAUGGCGGCCACCUCGCCCCUGGCCGCCCUCUACUUCGUGGCCCUGAUGACCUUCGGCAACUACGUCCUCUUCAACCUGCUGGUGGCCAUCUUGGUGGAGGGCUUCCAGGCCGAGGGCGACGCCAACCACUCCUACUCGGACGAAGACCGCUCCUCUUCCAACUUUGACGAGAGCGAGAAGCACGAUUCCAUAAAACUGUCUGACCCCAGGAUCUGUAGCUUGACGCCCAACGGUCACCUGGAGCUGGGCUCCCGGGGGUCACAUUCUUCAGAGAGGCGGAGCUUCACCGGCGAGUCCCGGAAGAGCAGCGUGAUGAGCAAAGGUAGCCUGGAGAGACGCUCCCUCUCUCUGCGCCACGCCCGCAGUUCCACCUACCACAACUGGGGGCGCCCCGUGCGGCCGCCGGGAGCGUGGACUCGCAGGUCCAGCUCCAACAGUCUGGGUCUGAGAAACCCGGGUCAUGGCGGGGCCCCCCAGGUGGGCGGCAGCCUCCGCGUGCACAGCACCCGCACCCCCUACCCUUACCCCCCUACCCCCGAGCAGGAGUCCCUUCUCUCCAGGCCCCCGUGCCACCCUCCGCCCCCGCCCGGCUUCCUCCUCUCCAGGCACUUGGCCGCCGGAAGGGACCGCCGGGCGCUGUCCCUGGAGCUCCCCGAGCUGCCCCAGGCGGGCGGCCAGCCCCCCGCCAACACCGACUCCGGGAAGCGGUCCGGACCGGGCGGCUCCGUCACGGAGGGUUCCGGAAGCGGUUUCGGCACGGACCACCGGGACUGCAACGGCAAGACGCCGGGUCACCACAGCCUCUUGAUGGUGGACGUUUUCCCCCAAGUCAACGCCAGGAAAGAACGGGCCGACCUGGACGAGGAGACCGACUAUAGUGUUUGUUUCCGAGUUCAGAAGAUGUUUGAGGUGUACAAACCCGACUGGUGUGACAGCAGAGAGGACUGGUCCGUCUACUUCUUCUCCCCUCAAAACAAGUUCCGGCUGCUGUGUCAGUCCAUCAUCGCUCACAAGCUCUUUGACUACGUGGUCCUGGUCUUCAUCUUCCUCAACUGCAUCACCGUGGCUCUGGAGAGGCCCAGGAUCCUUCAGGGCAGCCUGGAAAGGCUCUUCCUCACCCUCUCCAACUACAUCUUCACCGCCAUCUUCGUCGCCGAGAUGACCGUCAAGGUGGUGUCCAUGGGCCUCUACCUGGGAGAGAAGGCCUACCUGAGGAGCAGCUGGAACAUUCUGGACGGCUUCCUGGUCUUCGUGUCUCUCAUCGACAUCGUGGUGUCCAUGGCGGGCGGCGCCAAGAUCCUGGGCGUUCUGCGCGUCCUCCGGCUGCUGCGGACCCUGCGUCCCCUGCGGGUCAUCAGCAGGGCCCCCGGCCUCAAGCUGGUGGUGGAGACCCUCAUCACCUCCCUCAAGCCCAUCGGCAACAUCGUCCUCAUCUGCUGCGCCUUCUUCAUCAUCUUCGGCAUCCUGGGAGUUCAGCUGUUCAAAGGCAAGUUCUACUACUGCGUGGGCCCCGACGUGAAGAACAUCACCAACAAGUCCGACUGCUUGGCUGCCAACUACCGAUGGGUUCAUCACAAAUACAACUUUGACAACCUCGGACAGGCUCUGAUGUCCUUGUUUGUCCUGGCCUCCAAAGACGGGUGGGUCAACAUCAUGUACCAUGGACUGGAUGCGGUGGGGAUAGACCAGCAGCCGGUGACCAACACCAGCCCCUGGAUGCUGCUCUACUUCAUCUCCUUCCUGCUCAUCGUCAGCUUCUUCGUGCUCAACAUGUUCGUGGGCGUGGUCGUGGAGAACUUCCACAAGUGUCGGCAGCACCAGGAGGUGGAGGAGGCUCGGCGGCGCGAGGAGAAGCGCCAGCGCCGCAUGGAGAAGAAGAGGAGGAAGGCCCAGAAGCUUCCCUACUACUCCUCGUACGGCCCGGCCCGCCUGGCCAUCCACACGCUGUGCACCAGCCACUACCUGGACCUGGUCAUCACCUUCAUCAUCUGCAUCAACGUCAUCACCAUGUCUCUGGAGCACUACAGCCAGCCGCAGUCUCUGGAGACGGCGCUGAAGUACUGCAACUACUUCUUCACCUCCACCUUUGUCAUCGAAGCCUCGCUCAAGCUGGUGGCCUUCGGCUUCCGCCGUUUCUUCAAAGACAGGUGGAACCAGUUGGACCUGGCCAUUGUGUUGCUGUCAGUGAUGGGCAUCACGCUCGAGGAGAUUGAGAUCAAUGCCUCCCUGCCCAUCAACCCCACCAUCAUCAGGAUCAUGAGGGUGCUCCGGAUAGCACGAGUGUUGAAGUUGUUGAAAAUGGCCACCGGGAUGAGAGCGCUGCUGGACACGGUGGUCCAGGCUCUGCCUCAGGUGGGGAAUCUGGGCCUGCUCUUCAUGUUGCUCUUCUUCAUCUACGCGGCGCUCGGCGUCGAGCUCUUUGGCGAGCUGGUGUGCAACCUGGACUAUCCCUGCGAGGGCAUGAGUCGCCACGCCACCUUCGAGAACUUCGGGAUGGCCUUCCUCACCCUCUUCCAGGUCUCCACGGGCGACAACUGGAACGGCAUCAUGAAGGACACGUUACGGGAGUGCCCGACGGGUCGCCCGGGCGGCGACUACGGCUGCCACCCGGGCCUGCAGUUCAUCUCGCCGCUGUACUUCGUGUCCUUCGUGCUGACGGCGCAGUUUGUCCUCAUCAACGUGGUGGUCGCCGUGCUCAUGAAGCACCUGGACGACUCCAACAAGGAAGCCCAGGAGGACGCCGAGAUGGACGCCGAGAUCGAGCUAGAGCUGGCCCAGGGGGGCCUCUGCUGCAUGAUGGGGGGCAUCGGGGCCAUCGCGGGGGCCGCCGCCGCCGCUGGCGUGGGCGGCGGGGCGCCGGCCGCCGCUGCCACCAGCGCCAUGGCGGCGGGCUCCGUCGGCGGCCUGAGCUGCGCUUUGAUGGCGACACCAAAGGACGGCAGAGGAGGAUGCGGUGGUCCUCAGCACAGAUGUCGACUUUAUUCUCCUGCUCAGGAGAGCCAAUGGCUGGACAGCGUGUCGCUGCUCAUUAAGGACUCGGGGGAAGGCGACAUGAUCGACAACCUCUCGGGUUCCGUCUUCCAUCACUACUGCUCGGCUCCCGUCUGCCAGGACUGCGAGGGACACCUGCAGGAGAUCCGGCUGGCGGAGGUCGAGCAGACGUCGCUGAUUUCGGAGCAACUGUCGGACCGGUCGUCAUCUACGGCGCUGCCUGAUGACCUCAGCCUGGACGAACAUGAGAGCUAUCAGUUGCUGGUCGGAGGAAGUCAGAGGGGCAGCAGUGACUCCCAGAGUUCGGGGGAGUCGGCCGCCGAGGGGCGCCGUCACCUCGGGGGCGAGGAGGAGGACGAGGCGGUCCGGGAGCUGUCCGAGGUGGGCGUCCAGCCUGGCUUGUGUCCUCCCUCAGUGGAGGGGCAAAGCCCGGCGCCUUGCAGAGAUGAGCGCGUGAGCCACAGCCGUGAAGUUCGCUGGCCGUCGCCGCUCUUUCACCUGCCGGCCGACUUCUUCCACCCGGGGGAGAGAUCGCCGUCCGGAGCCAACAGCGGGCCGCCGCGCUCACGGCACACAUCCCACAGCGACCCGUCCUCGGCCGCGGACGGUUCAGAAGACAGGCUGCAGACGGCGCCGGAGGGAGUUCCAAGCGUCUCGCCGCCUCGGGAACUGGAUCUCCCCUGUCGACUCUCCAGCCCCCUUUCAAAUUUCAGUGCAGUCCAGCAGCUGGGCCGCCCGACAGUGCAGAAACGGGUCUCACCGGUUCCCUUCCAGGCCACUCGGGGCCACCGGAGGAGCCAGAGCAGCUCCGGCGGCACCUCUACUCCCAAGGACUCCACGGACCCGUCAGACUGCGCCUCUGAGGCUCUGAACAGCCUCUCGCUGAACUCGCUGCUCACGCCAGCCUCUUUGGCGCUCCCGCUGGUGAAGAAAUGUAACAGCACAGGCUCGCUGGACCAACUUAAGGGGAGCAAAGAUGGAUGCCAGGUCUUUGAGGACGAUGCUCACGGGUACUGGACGGCGGGUAGGGCGGGAGAUGGCAACGUCACAGACUUUAGCAGGGAAAACGGCAAUAGGGAAAGAGGCACAAACUCCCGAGAGAACAGAUGAAACUCUUCUUGUGGAACUCCUGACUGGAGAGGGACUCUUCCGACUUGUUCCGUGACCCCCCCCCCCAACUCGUCUUUGAACCGUCUGUUCCGUCACUCCCCUCCCGGGUUCCGGCUGCUAGGGAUCGGUUGUCAGUUCGCUGACUCUGGAAUGAUGGUAAUUGUAGUGGUUCAUGAGGCUUCCUGGAAGCUGCUUGAAAAACAGGGAAAGGAUUCGGGACUCUGAACCGGGGCGCCUGCCAAAAAAAUAUAAAAUAAAGCCAUGGUCAGUGUUGGUCACAUGGCACUCUUUCUGCGGAAGAAGAAGCAGAACUCUUACCUGUUUUUAUAUCGUUCUUGAUGGCUGAUAAGUAGCAUUGGACAAGAGACGGGAUGUUUCAAAGGUGAGCUAUUUUCUGGAAGUAGACUCAAAUGUUCUCUAAAGACGUUUCCAUCAAGCGGUCCAGUCUGGGUUAUUUUGAAAGUACCUACUACAGAGUCAAAAGUAAGGGACUACGUUGUUGGAAAACUCUUUCAAAUUCAACCCACCAAUGCAGCUUCCGAAUGCUAACGAGUGGGGACACUGAGCUGGCGUAUACAAGGCUUUUCGGAAAGUGUCACCCCCAUUAAACCAUCGAGAUUGAGUACCCCUUUUGGUGUGGCUCCUCAGUUGGAACUAGGAAUGGGUACCGAAUUUGGUACUUUUUAUAGGUACUGGUGCUACCGGGUA